AUGUCUCCGGCGAACAAUAUUCGAGAUUUUCCUUCGAUAACGGAAUGCCGAGGCGGAGAAUAUAAUUCGAUCGCCGCCGAUCUGGACGGAACCCUGCUUCGCUCGAGAAGCUCUUUCCCUUACUUCAUGCUUGUAGCAGUUGAAGCAGGAAGCCUUUUCCGUGGCUUGAUCCUCCUUCUCUCGUUACCGAUCGUCAUUAUUUCAUAUCUAUUCGUGUCGGAAUCUCUAGGAAUCCAGAUCCUCAUCUUCAUCUCCUUCGCUCGUCUCAAAAUCCGCGACAUUGAACUCGUCUCUCGCUCCGUUCUUCCACGGUUUUACGCGGCGGAUGUGAGGAAAGAUAGUUUUGAUGUGUUUGAUAAAUGUAAGAGGAAAGUGGUGGUGACGGCUAAUCCGGUAGUGAUGGUGGAAGCGUUCGUGAAGGAUUAUCUUGGAGGAGAUAAAGUUUUGGGAACAGAGAUUGAAGUGAAUCCCAUAACAAAAAGAGCUACUGGAUUUGUGAAGAAGCCUGGUGUUCUUGUUGGUGACUUGAAGAGAUUAGCUAUAUUGAAAGAGUUUGGCGACGAAUCGCCCGAACUCGGUAUCGGUGAUCGAACCUCCGAUCACGAUUUCAUGUCUAUUUGCAAGAAAGGUUACAUGGUUCAUGCAACAAAGUCAGCCACAACAUUUCCAAAAGAGCGUUUGAAAAACCGCAUAAUUUUCCAUGACGGCCGUUUAGUCCAACGUCCAACGCCGUUAAACGCCAUUAUCACAUACCUUUGGCUUCCCUUCGGCUUCGUCCUCUCUAUUGUUCGCGUCUACUUCAAUCUCCCUUUACCAAGACACUUUGUUCGUUACAGCUACGAGAUUCUCGGGAUUCGCUUAACCAUUCGUGGCCACCGUCCUCCGCCUCCUUCUCCUGGAACUCCUGGAAACCUCUACGUUCUCAACCACCGUACUGCACUUGAUCCCAUCAUCGUUGCUAUUGCUCUUAGACGGAAGAUCUGUUGCGUCACUUACAGUGUCUCUCGUCUCUCUCUUAUGAUUUCUCCUAUUCCUGCUGUUGCACUCACCCGUGACCGCGUUGCCGAUGCUGCCCGCAUGAGAAAACUUCUCGAGAAAGGUGACUUGGUGAUAUGCCCGGAAGGCACGACAUGCAGAGAAGAGUAUCUACUGAGAUUCAGCGCUUUGUUCGCGGAGCUAAGCGACAGGAUCGUGCCAGUGGCGAUGAACUGUAAACAAGGAAUGUUCAACGGGACGACGGUGAGAGGUGUGAAGUUUUGGGACCCUUACUUCUUCUUCAUGAACCCAAGACCGAGCUACGAGGUCACUUUCUUGGAUCGUUUGCCUGAAGAAAUGACUGUGAAAGGGGGCGGUAAGACUCCGUUCGAAGUGGCUAACUACGUCCAGAAAGUUAUCGGAGACGCGUUGGGCUUCGAAUGCACAGAGCUUACCCGCAAGGAUAAGUAUCUUUUGCUCGGUGGUAACGACGGCAAGGUGGAGUCUAUCAACAAGAAGUGA